UUGGCCAGCAGCAGACGGGAGUCAACGACGGAAUCGCCGCGAUCGCCUGGUCCUCAAAGCACGACCACCGUUCAACGUUCAUCGUUCGCGCUCUUUGAUUACUCUCGAGUUUUUCGACGGAAUUUGUUCGGUUUUUGUGUAGUAUAUUUAUUUAUUUCUGUUGUUAUCGCAUGCUUCGUCUCGGUUUUUAGUUGAGGAAUUAGCAAAUUUUUAUUUUAGACAUUAAGACGCUUGCGCCUGGGCAGGCGAUCCUCGUAAAAUCAAAUCAACACAAUCGCGAACGCUGCCGGAGCCCAUAAAAGUCGUCGAUAAACAAUUUGACUUGGCGCAGAGAUUAUUGUUGCAGCGUUGCAGCCUUAAUGGAACGUGCCCUGUUCCAUGUGCGUGUGGAUUACCCGUUGCCAUCGUCCGGAGAGCUAAAAACAGUCCCAGUUGUCGGGGCCCUAACGAGGGGAGCGUAGCUAGUGUGCAGUUGUGUUUGAAUCAGCCACAAAAUGAAGCGCGAUGUAUCCACAUCGACAAUUGGUCGGGACGAGGCCCGCCGUCCCCUGAUGGAGGCCUACAUGUUUCAGCGUCGUCUGUUGUUUGGCUGCAGUCUGCUGAUGGUCAUCUCGUUGCUUAUCUGGAUUGUGGCCAUAUCAACGGACCACUGGAUCAUUAUCUCCGGCGGAAAAGGCAUCUUUAUACCCGAGUCCCGACGCUUCUUCAUGUCCUCGCACUCGGGACUGUGGCGGCACUGCCGCAACACAAUCGUGCCCAAUGCCCUGAGCAAUGCGCAGGUGGUCCGCAACUUUAGCUCCAUGUCCUACACGUCCCAGAUUAACAUCAACGAUGCCAAGCGCAAUCUCUCCCACAUGGAGUUCAUCAGGGACUUUGCCCAGGAAAAGCUGAACGACUCGGACAGCUUCACGGAGUCGGCCCGCCGUCGCAUGUUCGCCCAUUGGGCACGGGGCGAGGAGGAGGAGUUUCAAACGUUUCGCAGCGCCUUCCGCAAGCUGGUCAUGUCCACGGAGGACAACCAGCGGCAGUUCAAUGCGACAGCCAUCAAGCCCAUACCCAUCGAUCCCUUGGACGUCAAUGGCAUCAUAGCACGGCAGACGUUCGGCUCCGCCCUGCAGCGUGUCAAGUACAACAACACGUGGUCCUACUAUGUGAUCCCGGAGGUGGCUCAAGAGGCUAUAUUCAGCAACUGGACUGACUACCCGCUGGUGGUGCGGCUCCUGGCCACCUACAUUCGCGACAUUAACAUACCCGCCUUUGUGCUGAACGAUGAGCGUGUGAUUCUGAUCCUAGUGCCGCCACUGCCGCCGAAAAGAGGCGGCCACACAGCCUUUUACAGUUACAUACCCAAUCAGCGCUGCAAAUACAUCGACAUGUUCCCCAACUCCAACACUCUGCGCAAUGAGCCCGGCUUUGACGACGAGUUAAUGGUGGGUUGGUAUUCUCUUUCAGAUUACAUACGGACGCAGGCUUCGUUUGCCUGCAUCACGCUGUUCGUCAUGAGUCUGGGCGCUGUCUUUUCCUUCUACACGUUCAUGAAUCCUCGCUACAUGUUCAAGCGCCUGGCCGGCGGCAUUCACCUGGUGGCCGCCUCCACAGCGCUGGUGGUUAUCCAGGUUCUGUUCUCAUCCAUUGACUACACAAAGGAGCACCUGUUCUAUGCCUAUCCGGAUGGUGCGGAAUUAACUUAUGGAUAUGGCGUCUAUUUGGCCUGGUUCACGUUUGUGGAUAACAUUUUCUGCGGUCUCAUGUUCCUCUGGUACUCUGGCAAGAAGAAGGGUGCCAAAGCGCCUAACGACGAGGUGGCCAUGGCGGACGAGCCAACUAUAAUGGGCCGAUAAUAAAUGAAUGCCAAAGAUGACGAUGGGCUCUGUUUGCCCUUCUUGCGACCAAAGACCAAAGCAACCAGCCUACGUUUGGUUUGCUUAUUCAUUUAAAUUUUGUUAUUUGUUGUUUUCUUAAUAGAUGUACUUGAAAUGUUCGCUUUAUUACGUUAAGAAUGCAAUAAAGAUAUUAUUGAACUUCA